CCCCCACCCACUCCGCCCCUCAGCACUCUGGACUGCUGAAAACCAAAGAAGAAGACAUGAACACCAUCCAACAACAACCCAACGGACUACGACAACCAGCAUUCCAACUCACCACAAGACCAUCCGCUGCUUCAUCACCCGUCGAGAUCCACUUCGAUCAACUCGAUCGAUUCCAAUGGGACCAUCAAUUCCAACAGACUCUCAUCUCACUGGCUCAAACUGGCUUACCACCACCUCAAUCAACACUCAACUACUCAACACUCAUCCAGGCCAUGCUCUACUGUCUCAAGAGGAACGUCGAGAACUAUCUCAAGCUGGGUGAGGCCUCACUGUUUGAUACCCGAGAAGAACCGGCUGGUGGAUGGCUCUGGACAUCAGACGACCUCCAAAAGAAUCUCGAUCGCAUCUCACGAGCACUCAAAGAUUUCGAAGAUCAACAACCAGCAGUGGGAAACCAAGCCUCCAGAUCCGAACCAGCAGAGUGCUCAAGCUCGAUUCGCACCAUCCAAUCUGCACCAUUCACCAUCCAACGACUCGUCGAACUCAUCCUGCCUCCUAUCUCAUCCCCCUCCUCCUCCUCCAACCCCAACUCCAACUUGGCUGGCGGAAUCCAUCCACAUUACACCACCCUGCCCAAAUAUCUUCGCGCCAUCCAACGCGUACUCUCAGUCAGCUCAACCAUCAAAGCAUUCUCAGUCAACACCUUCAUCAGCCCAUCCGACUCCACUCACCCAUUCAGUCACACUCAUCCAUCGAUCCUUAAUGGCGAUAGCCAAUCCAACAACCAUCCCAAUAUCAUCCACACACCUGCAACCCGACGCCAUUCCACGUCCACUCCGAUCACCCCCAUCCUCUCUCCCGUGCCCUGGCUCCUCAAUGACCGUCAAUCCUUAUCCCCAGAACUGGCCUCCUCGUCUGACGGCCAUCGAUCUAGACACACCUCCCCCCUCUUACUCUCCUCUGAAACCGACGAACGACCGAUCACACCUCCCUUGACCAGUCACUCAUCAUCAUCAUCAUCAUCAUCUCCUACCAUUCAACUUCAUAAUAAUAUCGCUCCACCAACUCAUCAUAAUACUGCUCACACACCCACCAAUCCGUCUCCGACCACUCUCUUACUUCCUACCGCAUCCCAACAGAUCAUCGCCAGCUCUUCAUCUGCACAAAUCUCUCCUCCUGUCGAUCAGUCUGCUCAACCAGUGGCUCCGAACCCUGAGAGCUCGAAGAAAAACUCGGGAGAAGUGGAGCAAGGGACCACUCAAGCUCAUGAUCCAGAUCCACAGACUACUAGUAAUCCAUCCGAAGACGUGGCCAUGCAAGAUGGUUGAUUCCUAUUCUAUCGAUCUCCAUGGCUUAUCACACACUCUUUUCCCUUGUGUGUUUUACAAGUCUCCAAAUCAUAAAAAUGUCAAUCUUAAUUAUCCUGGUUAAGCCGAUUGAUCUGAGCUCAGAUCUCCCUCAUUCUUCUGGAUUGAAACACAAAAAAAAAACCUUAGCUAAACGGCACUGCUCACAUCAUGCUCAAUAAAAAAAGGGAUAUCAAAAUACAUA